AAGGAGCGCGUGGAGAGUCUCGGGUUCGCAGUUCCCUGAGCAGAGCGCGCGCCUCCGCCAGCACCACGCAAGUGUCUCGCGCGUUUGUCUCUUUCCCCGUUGCUUUUGGCUCCUGUCGCAAGCCUGUCCGCGGACAUGGACGCGUCACCGGGACAGAGCGCGAACACGAGCGCGGGAAAUGGCACAGUGGACUGGAGAUCGGUGCUCGCACGCGGCGCCUACCAACACCUGGAGACCGGCGAGCUGAGAGUGCUCGUGCCCGCGGUGCUGGCAGUGAUCUGCGUGCUGGGCUUCGCCGCCAACGCCACUGCCAUGGGGAUCCUGAUCAGCAACGCGCGCAAAUCCAAGCUCUCCCUGAUCAACGCGCUCCUUCUCAACCUCAUGCUGGCCGACGGGCUCCUCCUCGCCUUCGCCGUGCCCUUCAAGGCUGCUGCGUACUCGCGCGCCGGCUGGACCCUGGGCCUGCUGGUGUGCAAGACGUGCGACUGGUUCGUGCACGCGUGCAUGGCCGCCAAGAGCUUCACCGUGGCCGUGCUGGCUAAGGCGUGCCACAGGUACGCGAGCAACCCCGCCAAGCAGGUCAGCAUCCGCCUCAAGACUAUUGCGGUGCUGCUGCUGGCCGUCUGGCUGCUGGCCUGCGCGCUGCCCGUCCCGCACUGGAUCUUCGCCGCACUCCAGGAGGAAGGUGACGGGCUGGCGUGCGUCCAGCUGGUUCCCCCAGAAGCCCGUGGCUUUGCGUCCGGCUACGCCAAGGCCUACCCGCUGCUGGCCUACUGUGCCCCCCUCGCCUUCGCCCUGCUGUACUUCUGGAGGGCGCACGGGCGCUGCCGGCGGCGCUGCAGCAACAAGGCGCAGAACUUGCGCGCGCAGAUCCGCUCGCGGAGGCUCACGCUCACGCUCUUCGGCUUGACCAUGGCCACGGCGGCCUUGUGGCUGCCGCACUGGGUGUGGUGGGUGUGGACGCAACAUGGCUUGGACAGCGGAGGCCCACUCCCGCCUGCGCCUUUCGCCCUGUGCGCGCAGCUGCUCAUGUUCUCCAUCUCGCUCGUGAACCCGCUCAUCGUGCUCGCGCUGUCCGAGGAGUUCCGCGAGAGCUACAAGGGCCUGUGGCGUCGGCUCACGCUCCGCAAACAGCCGCCCAAGCAGCAGCAGCCCAAACCGGGACCGCACGCACCCACUGCCCCAAAGUCGCCCACCCCAAGGCCCGAGACUUCUGCCCACCUGCCGCCUCCCUGUAGGCCAGGCAGAGGAGCCGAGGAGCCCGAGAAGGAGAAAAAGCAGGAGCAGGAGGAGGAGAAAAAAGAGGAGAGUCCUGGAAAUAAAGACAGCAUAGUGCUGCCAGAUGUGGAGCAAUUCUGGCACGAGCGCGAGAGCGGGUCCCUCACGCUGGAGAACGACCCCACGCCCUGGGAGCACCAGGACCCCAAAGAGGGAAAGCAAUAAAUUGACUCUCCUCUCUCACUUUGUGAAAGCAAAAUGAAUCAACAAUCAGCAGCUACUAAGAGACCUCACUACGCACUUGAAAAGAUGGUUCUCAAAGGUUCUUUAAUAAAGGCAAUGGAUCUGUUUGGAACCAUGAUCUGACGAACCACUUCUCUGAACGGUUCUUUGCAUGGUGAGAUGGUUCUUCAGAAAUGUGGAUAAUGUGUCGUGUGUAAUUCUGUAUUGCAACAAAAAAGGGUUCUGCUGUUCAAUCUUGAGAGAGUAACUAACUAAAGCAGAACCCUGUUUGAUGUUAUAUAGAACCAUAUACACAAGACAUUCUCCAUUAACCUUAAGAUGAAAGCAUGUAAUGGUUCUCCAUAGAACUCAUGGUUCUAAAUAGAAACUUUGCCUUUACUAAAGAAACCCUAAGUGUACAGAACUGAACCGGGUCUCUGUUGACAAGAGCAAAUUAUUUGUGCCAGUGCCAUUCGUAUGCCGUAUUUAUUCCAUUCAUGUUAUUUAUCGUUUGAAAUGAUGUAAGCUGCUUUGAUGUUGGCUAGGAGUGCUCGUAUAGAAACAUGUUUAAAGUGUUAUAUUUUGUGUACCAAAUGCAUGUUAUAUAGAAAAAUUAUGUUCCCAAAUAAUCUAUAUUUUACGUGCAAUUGAUAUUAAAAGCCUGUAAAUAGCCAUUUCUGGUCAAAAAUGUUGACUUAGAAAAUUGUUUUUAAAUUCUGUCACAUGCAAAUGCUGGACAAAUGACAAUUUGUUGCUUUGUGGUUGUGCUUUCAGCACAACAUACAAAUAAUCUGUUAAUAGAAAAUGAGCUUGAAAAUGAGCAGAAACCUGUCAUAUACGUUAACCCUUACCUGUAGAUGUGUCCACUUAUUUUCAGUUUGAAAAUCAAAAUCAACAAAAUGUGACUUGACCAGGAUUCAAAUGUUUGCAUACAACUGGAUUUCCAUUCCCUGUAUUGCUUCCUUUAAAUCACAUAGAGGUUUGUAAAAAAAUAUCCACACAUACUCAGCUGUAAAAUAUGAGAGAAAAUGUUUUGUAAAUACACUUGUUUUAAAUAAAUUUCAUUAUG